UGAGCUUGGAUCCAACCACCCCAGCCUGGGGGUCCGAACUCACAUCAGUGAAUGUAAGUGGCCAGGCCCUUCCUCAAACUUUGGACAUGGCGACCAGGACCCUGCUCUCGCUGACGGUCAUCAUUGCCGCGGGAGGACUAGCAGGAAACGCGACCGUGCUGUGGCUCCUGGGCUUCCGCCUGCGCAGGAACGCCUUCUCCGUCUACAUCUUCAACCUGGCGGGAGCCGACUUCCUCUUACUGGGCUGCCAGAUUAUAAUUUCCCUCAUGUUCAUCACCGCCUUCCACUCCAUCUUACUCUUCUACAACUUCUUCGUCCCUGUGACGAACUUUGCCUACAUCCAGAGCCUGAGCUUGCUCAGCACCAUUAGCACCGAGUGCUGCCUGUCCGUCCUGUGCCCCAUCUGGUACCGCUGCCGCCGCCCCAAAAGCUUGUCGGUUAUUGUGUGUGCCCUGCUCUGGGCCCUGUCCCUGCUUCUGAGCAUCCUGGAAGGGAUGUACUGUUACUUCCUGUUGGGGGAUUUUCACACUGAUUGGUGUAAAGGGUUUGAUUUCGUCAUUGCCGGGUGGUUGAUCUUCAUAUUUGUGCUUCUUGCUGGGUCCAGCCUGGCCAUGGUCGUCAGGAACCUCUGUAAAUCCCAGCGGAUGCAGCUGACCAGGCUGUAUGUGACCAUCCUGCUCACCGUGCUGGUCUUCCUCCUCUGUGGCCUGCCCUUCGGUGUCUACUGGUUCCCCGUACACUGGGUCAUUCCUGGUCCUUUAAUAUUCUCCUAUUCUCACCAUUUGAUGGUUGGCCUGUCCUGUGUCAACAGCUGCGCCAACCCCAUCAUCUACUUCUUCGUUGGCUCCUUUAGGCAGUGGCAGCGGAAGAGGCGGGGAUGGCAGACACUCAAGGUGGUUCUCCAGAAGGCUUUGGAGGAUGUAUCAGAAGUGGAUGGAAGUGAAGGAAGCUUUCCUCAGGAAACCCAAGAGAUUUCGGGGAGCAGUCUGAUGUUCUGAUUCAGAGUCUCUGCUUUGAUCAGAUAUAUGUGGCUCUAGGGGGGAGGGUAUAGCUCAAGUGGUAGAGCACAUGCUUGGCAUGCAUGAGGUCCUGGGUUCUAUUCCCAGUACCUCCUCUAAAA